AUGGCUCCUUCACUUCUGUCCACAGUUUUGCUGCUGUCAGCAUUCGUCUCGGUAGCCGUAGCUGGCGGCAGCACUGAUAUCGCGCAGAAGCCGCUGCUGAGUUAUUUCGAAUGCGAACACCCCGCGUACAAAGUCCAGGUUGUGUCCAAGUCGCCGCUGGUCAUCUAUGUUCACGAUUUCAUUACGCCCACUGAGCGCAAACAUCUCCAAGACGUAACCAAAAACACCUUCACCCGCUCCGGCGUGACCGCAAACGACGGCAAGGACAAGUCGGCCAAGGAGAGCCAAGUGCGCACCUCUCAGUCGACCAACGUUCCACGCGACGCCGUGGUCCGGUGCAUCGAGGACCGGGCCCUCGCCUUCCAGGGCCACGACGUCGCACGCUCUCAGCUGGAGCCGCUGCAGCUGGUCAAAUACGGGCAGGGACAGGGCUACCACUUCCACACGGACUGGUUCACGGACGCGGCGCAGCACGCCACGGCGGCGCUGGGCGGCAACCGGCUGUCGUCAUUCUUUGCCUACGUCGACGUGUCCAACUCAACCGAAGGCAACGGCGACGAGACCAUCAUCGGCGGCGGCACAAACUUCCCCAUGCUGGACGCGCCCAGGGACGACAAGUGGUGCGCCAUCAUCGACUGCGACGAGCCCUGGGCGAACGGCAUCACAUUUCGUCCCAUUGCGGGCAACGCCAUCUACUGGGAGAAUUUGCUGCCGACGGGGGCUGGCGACCACAGGACUUUACAUGCUGGUCUGCCGCUGAUCAAGGGAUCCAAAAUUGGGAUGAACAUUUGGACGAGGCAAGGAUCGAUGAGCAAUGAUGUUAGGGGACCGGAUGUCUGA